CACCUUCUUGCAUGACUUCCUGCUUGUACCUAUGACUCAAUGAAAGCUUAAAGCUGAUUUUUACCAGGCGCAAAAGGAUCGAAAACCAAGAGCUGGUGCUGCUGCCCUAGUUGUUAUAAGGAGAAUGCAGAGCGUAAAGUGUGUGAUGGUGGGUGACGGGGAAGUGGGUAAAACCUUUCUCCUCAUCGCUUAUGCGACUAGCGUCUUUAAGCAAAAGUACCUGUCCGCCGUUUUUGACAAUUACACCGGGGAGAUAAAUGUGGACGGCCGCACCGUCACCCUCAAUCUGUGGGACACCGCAGGCCGUGAGGGGUACGAGCGGCUGCGGACCCUCAGCUAUGCCCAGGCGGAUGUUUUCAUAGUCUGCUUCUCUAUCGGCAGCCCUUCCUCUUAUGCCAACGUCAGGCUCAAGUGGAAACCCGAGGUGUCCCAACACUGCCCCAAAGCGCCGAUCCUGCUGCUGGGCACCAAGAGGGACCUGAGAGGGGACGAAGAGACGGUGAGGAGGUUAAAGGAGGAGGGUUUGGCCCCCAGCACCCAGCAGCAGGGGGACAUCCUGGCCGAGCAGAUCGGGGCUGUUAAGUACGUGGAGUGUUCUGCCCUGCAACAGGAAAACAUCGAGGAGGUGUUUGAGGAAGCCGUGAGGGCGGUGUUGUUUCCAGCCACUAAGAAGAAUUGCAUAAAGUGCGCUCUUUUGUGAUAAAGGUUCCCAGGUUUGGACUGUGGAGAGAAAGGAUGGAGAUGAAGAGACGCGAAGACCUCCAAAACAAGGUUAUCUGGCUUCUUUCUCAGUUUCUUUUCUCCCAUGUUACUCCUUUCUUCCCCAGUCCCUCAUAUCCUGGAGGAGCACAGUAAAAAGAAUGAAAGUGAAAGGAGCAGACCAUAUGUCACAUAUUAAUUUGAUCUUUUCUUUAUUUUUAAAUGCUCACAUUUUCAGUGUUUUAGACUAUUAGUAGGUGUUUUACAUUGCAGCAUUAUUUUCUGAACAAUUUGAAUUAGAAUUAGUUUUUUUUGUACAACUUUCAGAUUUUUUCUCAUCUUGUCUUCU